AUGAAUCAAGGUUUCUCUUCCGGGUUUCUCUUCCGGGCAAAGGAUUCAUCUCUCCGUCGUCUCUCCCUCUCAAGCUCAGACCCUCUUAAGCUCUCUUGCGAGAAAAUGGAAGCUAUAGACUUGAAUGAUGAUGGUCAGAAUGAUGUGAUGGAUGAAGAUAUAGAGGAUCAUGAAGUUAUUGAGAUUUCAGAGGCUAACAGAGGCACACCACCAAGACAAGCUCGGUCAGGCCGUAGAGUCUCUAAGUUGUGGUUAAAGUUCACUAUUAUUGGAGGAAAACGAUCUGAUGGUACAACUAAGAUCAGAUGCAACUUCUGUAAGAGGUUUUACUUCAUUAAGCUUCGCAGAAAUGGAACCUCAACCCUGUCUCGUCAUUUGAAGGUAUGUCCAAAAGCUGUUGGAACACCUAGAAGUAGUCCUAGGAAGGUGGAUAUGAUGGUGUUCCGUGAGAUGAUAGCAAUGGCCAUUAUAGAGCAUGAUCUUCCGUAUAAGUUUGUAGAGUAUAAGAGGAUUAGAAUGGCUUUUACUUAUGCUAAUUCUAGUAUUGAGUAUUGGAGCAGAAACACAGCAGCUUCUGAUGUGUUGAAGAUUUAUGAAAGGGAAAAGGAUAAACUUAGGAAAAUCUUAAAUGAUUUGCCGGGAAGAGUUUGUUUGACAACAGAUCUCUGGAGGGCUAUCACCAUUGAAGGUUACCUCUGCUUGACUGCGCACUACGUGGAUGAUGAUUGGAAUCUGCAAGCGAAGAUAUUGUCUUUCCUUGCUUUUCCUCCGCCUCACACUGGAAUAGCCAUUGCUAUGAAGCUGGUUGAGCUGUUGAAAGAGUGGGGACUGGAAAAGAAGGUCUUCUGCCUCACUGUAGACAACGCUUCUUCGAACGAUUCCAUGCAGAGUAUUCUGAAGAGACAGUUGCACAAGGAUCUGGUCUGCGGUGGAGAGUUCUUCCAUGUUAGAUGCUCAGCACAUAUCUUGAAUCUGAUCGUCCAAGAUGGCUUAGCAGUGAUAGUAGGAGCUCUAAAAAAAAUCAGGGAGACUGUUAAGUUCAUUAAAGCAUCAGAAAGUAGAGAGAUGAUGUUUCAAAGCUGUGUUGAAACAGUAAGAGUUGAGGAUAGUGAGGAUCAGAAAGGAGGUCUUGUCUUAGAUGUAAGCACACGCUGGAAUUCUACUUUCCUCAUGCUUUCUAGAGCUGUGAAGUUCAAACAAGCACUAGGUCAUUUGGCGGAUGCGGAAGCAAGUUAUGUGAGUUUUCCGAGCUAUUCUGAGUGGAGGAGAGCAGAGAUGUUAUCUGAGCUAUUGAAGCCAUUUUCAGAGAUUACUGAUUUGAUUUCGGGUUCCUCAUACCCGACAUCAAAUUUGUAUUUUAAUGAAAUUUGGAUGAUUGAGUGCUGGUUGAAAGCUCAUGCAAAUUCUUCUGAUCAAGUUAUCUGUGAAAUGGUGAAGUGUAUGAAGCUCAAGUUUGAUAAAUACUGGGAAGAGUACAGCGACAUCCUUGCAAUAGCUGCAGUUUUAGAUCCAAGACUGAAAUUUGAGAUCUUAGAAUACUGUUUCUCGGUUUUGGAUCAGUCUACUUGUAAGAGAAGGUUGGCUAAUGUUCGUUCAAAGAUCUAUAGGCUGUUUGGCGCUUACAAAAGAAACCAGAGAAUCAGUAGUGCUGCAACUACUUCACAAGGAGAAACACACGAUGUUCCAGCCGGUUAUGGGGGAUUCUACGCCUUCUUUUCUCAGAAAGCUGUUGGCAGUGGCAAGUCUACUCUCGACAUAUAUCUGGAUGAACCAUUGCUUGACUAUGCUGCUCACAAGAAACUGAAUGUGUUACAUUACUGGAGAGACAACUCAGCUCGGUUCAAAGAGUUGGCAACAAUGGCACGAGAGGUUUUGAGUAUACCCAUAACAACCGUGGCUUCAGAAUCUUCGUUUAGCAUAGGUAGUAGAGUGCUCAACAAGUAUAGGAGCUGUCUUUUACCUACUAAUGUCCAAGCCUUGGUCUGUACAAGAAACUGGUUAAAAGGGUUUCCAGCAAUGGGUGAUGAGUCUGGUGAGAAGACUGAAGAGGAGAAAGAGGAAGAGGAUAAUGAGAAGGAGAAAGGUGAAGCGAGUGGAGAGUCUACAGACUUGACUGUGGAGAGUGGAGAGAAGGCAUAGUGGAAUAACAACUGAUAUGAUGGAGGGAGUUACAAGUAACUCGUUUGAGUUAUGGCUGAAGACAAGUACAGAAGCUGGAAGCUGAAAAGAAGUGAAUCAAUAAAUCAGAUUUUUAAUUUUUUUUUUACAUAAAACAGAGCUAUCAAAACCUGAAGUCUAUUGAAGUUAUUUUACAUCACAUUUGUAUUCAAAAGUUUUCAUAAUUUUUACAUCACAUUUGUAUUCACAUUUGAGAAUUAUAAUUUCUUUUAUAUAAAACAGAGAGUUAUAAUUUAUA